CGGAAAUCCGCCUUGCGCCUUUAUAACCCUCGUGCCACCCUUCCCUGUACACUCAGCCGUUAUUUUUGGAGAUUUACAUCUCUUCCUUAAGAUUUCUCUUAGCAGGUCCCAGUAGCGGCCAUGUCUUCCAACUAUGCAAAGAGCGACACAGCAGCACCGGCGAAGAAAGGCACGGUACCUGCACUGUGGUCUACGAAAUACAUCCCUCAUAGUGCGGAGUUUGGAGAUCCAUACGAAUUGAUUGGAGACGCAUACGAGCCAAAAUCAACAGUAGCGGAUGAAUGGGAAAUCCAUGACCCGAGAAGCGAAAGGUUGCCGUACUUGGCUCAUAUCAAGUCAUUAUCAACAUCAUGGAAGACGCUCCGCCACUUGGCCGAUUGGAUGCAGGUUGGUACAACGCCACUACGAUGGAACGAAAUCAAGGAGACCCCUGGAGAGCGCGAACGCCGUGCAAACAAGACAAACAUCACGUUUGUUGAGUACAGGCCCGCCUCCAAACCCAAAGCAAUCCCCAUCAAGACACCCUCGGCACUUCGUGAAACUCUUGAGUCGUUAUCACAUGAGUCCUCGAAGGAGCCUCCUCUUCGGUUGUUCGUCGUAGAAGACCUUUCUCAGCAAGUCAUAGAACUUCUGGGAAAGCGCUUCGAUGUUGAUCCGCUGUUUUUCCGUGAACAGAUUGCCGACUAUGUAUGGUACAAUACUCGAGACCCAUGGGCAGCACCGCCUGCCCUCGUUUCUAGCAUGAAGCACCGCCAAUGGUUCAGAAUGCGGAACAUGCGAUUGCGAUACCACAGGACAGUGGAAGAGUUUCAAGAGUCAACACAAGAGGCUAACACUUGGAAUGUGCUCCGCCGUCCCGACAACGACGAUAACCACUGGCAUUAUCUGGAUGAAGAAGGCGCUGUAGUGUCCAUCAUGCGUACGCGCACUAGCAUGUGGAUUGGCAAAGACAAGGAGUGUGGAUAUGGAACAGUUGGUAUCGUGUUACUGGAUCCAACAGUUAGCCAAGGGCGGCCACUGUGGUAUGACCGCAGUAACUGGCUACCAACCCCAAAGAUGGAAACAGAGGUCUAUCCCUCGAUAAGAUCAUCCGUCUCAUGGUUCGAAGACAUUGUGCAGAUGACAACCGCCUUCCCAUGGUUCGAACGAUCAGAAGGCCACGAAAUCAACGCUCAAGUCCUCGCCAAACCAACCAUCUACACCAUCUGUGCUGAAUGGCUCGUGGUAUGCGACUACGUGAAAGCGCGCCUGAGCCAGAUAGAAUGGGAGCUAGAAAAGCCGCACCUUUUCCGAUCCAAAGGCGACGCCAUCGACGACUCACUGAACCGCCUGCAUACAUGGCGACGCCACAUACCAGUCUUCCGAGAGAUGGUAGCAGAGACUCUGGAGCACGCGCUUCCAGCUGCAGCACGACUGACGACAACAUCGCCGCGGCCCGCAACCGCACCAUCCUCACCUAUUUCUUACACGGCCCGGUCCGUCAUACCGGACAACAUAGUCAUUAACUUCGACAAUAUCGACGGCUUCGAGGACAUCGUACCUGAUUUCCGACGCGUCCUUGCUGCCGUCAAUGAACUCCAGGAACGAGUCGAUCGUCUGACGAGCAUCGUGACAUCUGAGAUUUCCAUUGAAGACUCGCGGCGCGGACUCAAGGAGAGUCACAACAUGGCGCGCAUCACGUGGCUGGCGACUGUGUUCAUCCCGCUGACAUUCGUCGCGGGCUUGUACAGCAUGAAUGAGAGCGUUUCGGCGCUGAAGGCGACAUACGGAUGGUACUUUUUGACUGCGAUCCCUUUCACGUUGUUUGUUAUGGCGAUUGGGUGGGUAGUUGGCGGCGGGAGCUUGAAGCCGUGGAAGGAAACUAGUACGAAGCAGAGGGGGGUGGCUGUUGUAAAAGAUAAAAAGGUGAAUUGAUGUGAGUGGGAGUGCGACAUGUAAGGAGAUAGAGUGCACGUGAUUGUAGCUGGUGAGCAACAGGGGGCUGGCGAGCGACGACCGUCGAUUGGUGUCGCUCUUCCUCCCCUGCACAGCGACGGCUGCCGAUAAUGAAAAUACUAGUCGUGGCUGGUGAUGGCGGUAUGAGCGACACCAAUCGACAGCCGUCACUCACCAGCCACACCCAUCAGAUUGCUACCGGCAAGAUCAACAGGUAGGAAAGCAGAGAGGACGGACAAAACCAGUCGACAGCUAUUACCAGCGAUAUCCAGCAUCAUAGUUACAGCCUGUAAGCAGCGCUUAAGAAGGGCGCAGCCUUGCCCGCCGCUGUUGGUUGCUCUGGUUGCUAGCUGAGCCAUAGAAAUUCCGGGCAUCUUGUUAUGGCUCUGGUGAACGAGUAGAGGUUAUUAGAGCUAAUCAGAUU